GCCCCCUGGAAUGGACACGUGACGAUCAUACGCAUCGAGCUCUCUCUCUGUCGCCGAGCUCUCGAUCUCGCCUCCCUCCGCCUCCCUGAGCUUCUUUGGCUUUGCUGUACUCUCCCUUUCUCUCCUGAUUGGGCCUUGCCUCCUAGCGCAACACAUCUACGACGCCCGAGCAAAAUGUUGAAGGGAGGAGGCAGUUUGGCAGGGACAGAGGACCAGGAGAAACUCCUCUCCGAGGCCCUCAACACGGUCAAGAAGAACUCCUUCGACAUGAAGACCUGUCUGGACAACAAUAAGCUCAUGGAUGCUUUGAAGCAUGCGUCGACAAUGCUGGGAGAGCUGAGGACGUCUCUGCUGUCUCCCAAGAGCUACUACGAACUCUUCAUGGGUAUCAGUGACCAGCUCACUCACUUGGAGCAGCAUCUGGUGGAGGAGUUUGAGAAGGGAAAGAAGCUGCACGACCUCUACGAACUGGUCCAGUACGCCGGGAACAUCAUCCCCAGACUGUACCUGUUGGUGACAGUGGGACUGGUGUACAUCAAGUCCAAGGAGGGAACCAAGAGGGACAUCCUCAAGGACCUGGUGGAGAUGUGUCGCGGUGUCCAGCACCCUCUGAGAGGACUCUUCCUCAGGAACUACCUCCUCCAGUGUACCCGCAACCACCUCCCCGACGUCACCUCUGCUAUCGAUGAGGAUGAUGGAACGGUGAAGGACUCCAUCCACUUCAUCCUCCAGAACUUUGCCGAGAUGAACAAGCUCUGGGUGAGGAUGCAGCACCAGGGCCACACCAAGGAGAAGGAGAGGAGGGAGAAGGAGAGGCUGGAGCUGAGGAUACUCGUGGGGACUAACCUCGUCCGUCUCUCUCAGCUGGAGUCCAUCGACUCUGAGCUCUACCAGAAAGAUGUUCUGCCGACUGUACUGGAGCAGGUGAUCAAGUGUCGAGAUGCCAUUGCCCAGGAGUACCUCAUGGAGUGCAUCAUCCAGGUGUUCCCAGAUGAGUUCCACCUGCAGACACUGAACCUGUUCCUGCAGGCGUGUGCCGACAUGCAGGAGGCAGUCAAUGUCAAGAACAUCAUCAUUGCCCUCCUCGACCGACUCGCAAACUACGCCCAUCGCUCCGACACAGGGGGAAUCCCCGACUCCAUCAAACUGUUUGACAUCUUCUCUCAAGAAGUCUCACUGGUUGUUCAGGGGCGCGCGGCCAUGCCACUGGAGGACGUGGUGGCUCUGUAUGCCUCACUGGUGAACCUGGCUCUCAAGUGCUACCCCAACAGACUGGACUAUGUGGACACCGCCCUCCUCUGUACCGUGGAGGUCUUCACCAAGAGAGAAGCCACCCCAGUGGACAGUUCGUCGGUCACGUCCCGAGAGCUGAUUCGACUGCAGAAUGUCCCGGUCAAGACCUACGAGAGCACACUUGACAUCCUCAAACUAGACAACUUCCCCAAAGCAUUGGAGCUCCAUGACUAUCAGGGGCGCAAGUCUCUAGCUGUUAGUGUGGUGGGAACUGUAGUAAACAAGUCUAUAUCCAUCCCUACGGCUGAUGAGGCGGAUGCUCUGUUCAAGCUGCUGUCCCCACUGGUGAAGGACCAGGCAGACCAGCCGGCCGAACCUCCCGAUCCGGACGACUUCGAGGAGGAGCAGAUGAUGAUGGCUUGUCUCGUGGACCUCUUCAGAGCCCCUGAACCUGACCAGCAGUACAUGAUACUGAAUGUAGCUCGGAAGCACUUUGGCACGGGAGGAGACAGAGAAUUCGAUUCACUCUGCCUCCCCCUGGUGUUUGCUGCCUACAACCUCAUCUCCCAGUACCACUCUCUCUCCGAGAACAGGACACCGCUCGCUCAUGAGUGGUGAGCAGAUUUUCAAGUUCUGUUUCCAACCAUCAAUGCUCUGGUCAAGAACCAGCCGGAGCUCUCUCUGAACUCUUCCUCCAGGCCUCCAUGGUGGCCGACCGAUCAGCAAACGAGACCGUCACAUACGAGUUCUUCAUCAGUGCCUUCACUCUGUACGAGGAAUGAAGUGACGUACUCCCGGGCCCAGCAGCAGCCAUCACUCUAUUAUCGCCACCCUGGAGCAGCUGUCCAGUCUGGGGAGGAGAAACCACGAGAAGCUGCGCUCCAACUGCGCCAUGUCCUCUCCCGCCUCCUCAAGAAGCCAGAUCAGUGCCGCAGUGUGGCCACCUGUGCCCACGUCUUCUGGUCUGGCCACUUCACCAGCGAAGACAGAGAGGUCACUGAGUGUAAGGACCCGAAGAGAGUGUGUGGAGUGUCUCAAGAAGGCUGGUCGCAUAGCUCAGCAGUGUAUGGACACCUCAGUCCAGGUCCAGCUACUGGUGGAACUCCUCAACACCUACAUGAUCUUCUACGAGAAGGGAAAUGAACAGGUAACUAAAGCAUGAGGCUUAACUGUUCCCCUGAUCCAUGUGACUGCAGUGGAACCUCCGAUAAGGGACCCUCCGAGAAAGGGACGACCUCUCUACAAAGGAUUAUUGUUUCAACCCCAUGAUAAUUAACCCUCGGCGCGCAUGCGCAGCGAGGGUUACAGUAGUUGGGUUUGUCUGUCUGUCUGUUACUCUUCAUCUCACUUCUCGAAUGUUCUUUCGUCUCACAAAGGAUACCACCUACUGAACGGGCAAUGAAGGUCAGAAUUUUCGAACGGUUUUCUCUGAAAACGCUCCGUUGCAAAGCUAGAACGGGAAAAAGCCAAUAUGCAAAUAUACAACGGCUUACUACAGCAUGAUCGAUCCGCGUGCUCUGCGUACCUCGGAGGCACCAGAAGAUGCAACGCAGUGCGUGUAUCGCCUCUCGCAUGCUAUCUAGUAGUGUAGUUUGCCCGCGUCAGACUCUGCGCGAGCUGGCAAGAGACCACGAGUAACAGCUAAAACUAAACCCAGCCCAUCAAUUAGUGGUACGGCGCAUGCGUUUACUUACGCGUGCGCGUCACACUGUGCGCCGAGGGUUUGCACUUCAGUGCUUUUCAUUCUUUAGUGUAUUUGACCUCCGAUGUAUAUAGGGACAACUUCUCUAAAGGGACAAUAUCGUUGACCCCUUAGGUUCCACUGUACAACCAAAUCUUUGAACCUUCUUAUAUCAGAACAGUCCAAGUCAAAUCUCACACGAUGAUUGUUACCAUCUAACAUAUAUAUACACAUACCUGAAGUAUGA